AUGCCUCCAACGCCCGACGACAAGGGUGACCCUCUGGCUUUGGCCAUGGAUGCGAGGAAGAGCUCCAAGCUGGGCUUGCUUUCUGGCGUAUACAUUCCCGUAUGCUUGAACAUUAUGAGCAUUCUCAUGUUUUUGCGGUUCGGCCUCAUUCUGGGACAGGUUGGAUUUCUGGGAAUUUUGGGACUGUUGGCCACUGCCUACUGUGUUGAUCUCUUGACCACCUUGUCCCUGUCGGCUAUUGCUUCCAAUGGCGAGGUCAAGGGAGGCGGAGCAUACUAUCUGAUCUCGAGAUCGCUUGGUCCCGAAUUCGGAGGCUCCAUUGGAAUCUUGUUCUUCUUAGCCCAAGCUCUCAACACUGCCAUGAACAUUGUUGGUUUGAUCGACUGCAUUCGCCUCAAUGUUGGACCUGGCUUCCCAGGAGGAUAUUGGGCAGGAUAUGGCUUGCAGACGGCAGCAUUGGUCACUUGCACCUGCAUGUGUCUUUUGGGAUCAGCUACUUUUUCAAAGGCGUCUAAUUUAUUGUUGGCUAUAUUGACGGUAGCUGUGCUCAGUGUUCCAUUGUCUGCCAUCUUCAAGGCCCCAUUUCGAGACGACGACGCUGGCAUUGUAUACACGGGGCUCAGUCUCAGUACUUUUGUCAACAAUCUUCUGCCGAGUUCUUCCAAGCAUGUCUAUCGGGGAUUGCCGACAUUUCGAGACUUGUUUGGUAUUUUGUUCCCCGCCACGUCAGGCAUCUUUGCUGGUGCGUCAAUGUCUGGGGAUUUGAAAAAUCCAAGCAAGGCCAUACCAAAAGGCACACUGUGGGCCAUGUUAACAACCUUUGUUGUCUAUUUUGUUGUGAUUCUCUCCAUGGCUUGCACCAUCUCCCGGGAUUCCUUCCUCGCAAACGACAACAUCAUCUCUCUGACGAACCUGUCAGCGCCAAUCGUCCUCGCGGGGGAGUGUGCAGUGACCUUUUUCUCCGCCCUCAUGGGCAUCAUAGGUUCUGCGAAAUUGUUCCAGGCCUUGGCGCGAGACAAGCUAUUGCCCGGACUGUCCAUUUUUGGCAGAGGGACCAAGAAGGCCGAUGAGCCUAUCCUUGCUAUCUUUCUCACAUAUGUCAUUGCGCAAAUUGCCCUUCUUGCGGAUUUGAAUCAGAUUGCAACCUUCAUCUCCAUGGGUUAUCAGAUGACCUUUUUCGUUAUGAAUCUUGCUUGCUUUCUUCUCAAAAUUGGCUCGGCCCCAAACUUUCGUCCCAGUUUCAAGUUCUUCAACUGGCAGACGGCCUGCAUUGGUAGUCUUCUGUCUGCUGCCGCCAUGUUCUUCAUUGAUGAGACCUACGCAGCAAUUGCUAUUUGUGUCCUCAUUUUCGUGUUUCUACUGAUCCAUUACUUAUGCCCUCCCAAGCGAUGGGGCGAUGUGUCCCAGAAUCUCAUCUACCAUCAAGUGCGAAAGUACUUGCUGCGAUUAAAGCCAGAACACAUCAAGUUUUGGCGGCCACAUAUCAUUCUGCUCAUCAAUAACCCCCGGCGCCAGACGCGGUUAAUUCAAUUUUGCAAUUCCAUGAAGAAGGGGUCUCUUUAUAUUCUGGGCCAUGUUAUCGUAACAGACGAUUUCAACUCUGGCGUGCACGAGGCUCGGUUGCAGCAACAAGCCUGGACUCGAUAUAUUUCCGAAUUUUCAAGGAUCAAGGCCUUUGUUCAGCUUACCAUGUCCCCUUCGAUUACUUGGGGGGUACGCAACUUGGUUCUGGCUGCUGGCCUUGGUGGCAUGCGUCCGAAUGUUGCUGUUUUGGGAUUCUAUAAUAUGGAUGACCUGCGGAAAUCAAACCCUGCGGUACCUAUCCCGGAUGUGCCUGCAUCGCCAUCUGACAAGAUGAGACGCCCGUCAAAGUCGCAAGGCAAGGUCGCUAAGCGUAGGCGCGGAGAUACGUCUGCACGACUCCUUGAAGGGACACUGCCUACCGACGUUAUUCGAACCGAAGACAUGGUAUCUCCCACCGAUUACAUGAUCAUAUUAGAGGAUCUUGCUUUGAAAUACAGACUCAACGUUGCCAUAGCGCAUGGAUUUGACAAGCUAGAGACGCCCCGACAUGAUGGGUCUAAUUCCAAAAAGUACAUCGAUCUGUGGCCCAUCCAAAUGUCUGCUGAACUAUCUUCAGAUGGCAAGAAUGUGCUUACGACGAACUUUGACACUUAUACCCUUAUCUUGCAACUGGGGCACAUUUUGCGUAGCGUUCAAGCCUGGCGAAGGGCGUUUGCCCUACGUGUUUUGGUAUUUGUAGAGUAUGAGCAUGAAGUCGAGGAGGAGAGUGCUAGAGUCAAAGCUCUCCUGGAGAAAUUGCGAAUUGAUGCACAAGUCCUCGUCUUCUACUUGGCUUCUGGCCAUCUCAACACGUAUGAGCUUAUUGUUAACGGAAACACCAAUGAUAUUGAUGCCGAAAUCAUUGUUUGCGAAGCCCUCAAGGAUGAGGAAUGGUGGGAGGACUUGCAGAUACUUCGCAGACAGGCCGAAGAGCUUUCCUCGAGCGAAGAGCUUUCGCAACUGGCCCAGUUUUUGGACUCGACAAAUGGGCGACCUGGUGCAUACAAUCCACACGACGAUGCAGGGAAUACGCGCCGUCACAGUAUGGCUGAAUUUGUAGAAAUGCACAGGAAGCCGGGCAUCGCCACGCUCUCCAAACUCGGAGUCAGCAUGGGAAUUCACACUACCCAUAUCAACGAAGAAGUUCUGCAUGAGCCCGAAUCAGACACCGAAUUUGAUACAGAUGUGGAGGGCUCUACUGACGAUGAAGAAUUCGAAGUAGGUUCUAGGGAUUUUUUUUGGGGCUCGAGAGAUGAAUUGGGAAAUCCAACACUGCGUCUAUUGCUCCAAUCUUCGCAGGACAGUGGUGCUGCAACGGAGCAGUCGCCAACAAAGUCUGGGCGAGGAAGAAGGUUGGGAGCCAUCGAGUCGAGCGCUCAAAUCCCCUCAUAUGGCACUAUGAAUACGUCUCAGACGUUGGCAGACAAUCCCGAAUCCUCGGCAACAUGGCAUGUCCCUGAAGUUGCUGAAAUCGUCGCGAGCCCACCAGAGGCAGAGACCAGCGUUAAGAUCGACUCCUUCCCUAUCUUGGAUCCUCUUCAAGUUCCAAAAUUUCCGCAGGGUGGUUCUCGGCGAUCACGCUCCAUGAGCCCUUCGAGGGACGUCAUUCGAGAUGGAACCGUUACACCAACGAGACCGAACUUUUCGCGACAGUCAUCUGCUGCUCGAUUCUCUAGUCGACCAGUGCCUGAAACCAAGAUUAUCGCCGAAGGCGAAGGCUCCAAGAUUAGUUUCGCGCCGGCUGCAUCAAACCCCCCGACGCCACGAGCUGAACGACCAGCGUUUUCGAGACAAUCCUCGCUCGGCAAGUUUUCAAGUCGUCCGUUGCCUGAUACUAAAGUCAGCGGCGAAGAAGGCGCAAGAACAAUUUCAUUUGCACAUCAGCCAGCAUCUCAGCCACCGUCCCGAGCGCAUUCGGGUUCCCAUUCACGACAUCACUCGAGACACGGCUCGCAAUAUUCUGUGCAUGGUCAGGACCAAGCAAACCUUGUUAUCCCAGAGCGUUCUGAACCAUCCACAAAUCACGCACCAAAAAAGAGCAUUGUUGAAGAUGGCGGGUCAGCCACCUCGGGACAUGAUGUUGCGCUCUCAUUCAAUGAUUUGCCUAGUCGAGCGCAGCACUUGAUUCUCAACGAACUCAUGCGGCAGCAUUCCAAAGACACGGGCGUCUUGAUGACAACGCUGCCUAUUCCUUCAGAAGGCACUAGUCUUGACGAAAUGUCUACAAUCCAGUAUCUUUCUGAUGUUGAACUUCUCUGCAACGACCUGCCGCCUACGUUGAUGGUACUCAGCAACAACAUGACGGUCACAGUGAGUCUUUAG